UUUAGGCUCGUGGUUAUUGAUGACAACAUUGCUGGUGUGGGCGUACAGUUCCGUCGUGGCCUCCACCUUCGCCGUGCGCUUCGCUUCUCGGCCGAUUAAUAGCGUCAGGGAUAUUUUGGACGACAGUCGCCUGGUCGUCGCCAUGGAAGAAGCCACCAUCUAUACCGACAUCAUUGAGGAAGAAGAAACGGAAGUAUUUAAGAUGUUGGCUGAUUUAAAGAGGCAAGGGCGAUUGAUCUACCAGCCCUCGCCGUUCAAAAUAGGGCGUGGUGAUUACGUGUUCAUCCAUCAUGGGCCCUCAGCUGAUUUCGAAAUGGCUGAGGAGUACUUGAAAUCAGGAAAGUGUGAAUUCUACAAAGGAAAAGAACGUCUUGUGUAUUUACCAGAAAGUGUGAUCGUUCCAAAGGGCAGUCCUCUCCUACAGGCUAUCAAUCACAGGCUGAGGAGACUAGAGAUGUCUGGGAUCUACAACAAAUGGAGAAAGGAUGCUUUUCUCUUGCCAAAUGUGUGCUCUCGUUCCCCAGAGAAGAUACUUGUCAAGGAGAAACUCAAGUACAGUAGUAUACGGGGCAUGUUGAUGGUACUAGCAAGCGGUCUCAUAGCUGCUCUGAUUGUUUUCUUCCUCGAGAUAAAAGUGGCCGGUAUCAUCCUUCACCAGCCAUUCACAAACAGCAUGUGAAUACAAGGUCUAUAUCAGUACUUCUGUCUAUACAUAUAUAUACUUACAUAGACCUUGCUUGAAUGUGCUAAGUAGCAAUUCAUGCACUUCAUUAUGAUCACUUUUCUUUCUGAACCUGAAUGCUGCACUAAAAAGGGUAUUAAUAGUGUAGCUUGAUUUUCUUUCUGUCUGUUAUAUCCGAUAUUCAAUUUUAUAGAAUAAAAAUGGUCAAGACAUUGACUUGUAAUAUACUAGAAUGUUUUCUCUCUAAUUAUGAUUAUCCUAUACAUCUUUAUUGAGAAUGAGUAAUUUUUUUUUAAUAUAAUUUCCAUUCUAUUGAAGUUGAGAAGAAAGAGUGAUUUUUAUUCACCAUACAUUUUUUUUUAUGCAAUAUCUCAUGAAAUUCAAGAAAGAAUAAGAUAAUUCUUCUUUUUUUUUCUAACUCCUGUUAACUUAGUUAUCUUCAUAAAAGUGACACACUUAAAGUAAAAUCUACUCAUGCAGCUCAACUAUGUAUUUCAUUAUUUGAAAACACUUGAAUGUGAAUUGUUAUGUCACCCAUACAACAGAAUAUCAAAAUUUACAAAGUAAAUACAUACUGUACUUUUUAGUAAUUUUUCCAUUAGUGUUUCAGCUAGCCUUUUUUUACAAUGAACUUUCAUAAUGAGCUCGCAACAAGUUGUGUCUAAAAUUUAUAAUGCAUACGUUAUUGGUAAAAUUCUAUGCUGAACCAAAAUUCCCUUUCAGGUUAGAGAAUGUGUUAAUUUCAUGUGUUGCAAUGGAUCCCUCCCUCCAGUUAUCAAUCUUGGGUGGUGGGGAAGAGAACGGCAGAGGGGUCGAGAUUAUGCAAUAUAGAUACCUGUUUGUCAUUAUUACUACUUCUGUCCCUAACCCCUGCUUCAAAUGGAAAAGUACCACAUCUGACCUUGAAGUUUUUAGCUGUUUAUAAUGUGCUUAUUUAUUACUAUAAAUCCUUUGUUUAAUUAGUAGACCUUAACUAGAGUUCACUGGUACCAAAUUCAAUUGGGUUAAAGGUACUGAUAUGAGAACUCGUGCUAAUAGUAUCUCAUCUGGAAGAUGCUGUGAUGUGAAUAAUAUUAAACAUUUUGCUUUUUGAUAAUUAGCAAGUAUUAGGAUUAUAAAUAAUGGUCUUGGGGAGAUCUAUCUGUUAAUGGGAUUAAAAACUUCUAUCAUUUGUUGGUUAAAAACUCAACAAAGCUUGUAAUUUUUAUAUUUCAAUAUACUGAACUAUUUAUUACACAUCUGAAAUGGUUUCAUUAUGUAAGGUCAUGGUUAAGAUGUUACAGGUAGACCAUGUUACUACUAGUCCCAUGUUGGAACACUAUAUAUAUUAAUGUUGCUAUUACAAUAUGUGUUUCAAUACAAAUCUUGCCUUGCAUAUCAAAAUAUUAAUUCUAACAAACCAUUUUAAUACCUAGAGUAUAUUUAUAGGAAAUUUUGCAAAUGUUUCAUAUGAUUAGGUGCAGUCAUUACUAAGUGCAAGAUAAAUUGAAAUUAUGUAUAUAUAUUUUCUUCUUUUUCUGAUUUUCUGAAUCAUUGCCAACUUUUAGUAUCAGUAGUU